CUAGUCUACGGAACGAUUCUCUUUCUCUUCUUCUACGUAAUAAUAAGUUCACUGGCGCAGAUUAUCUCCAAUGUCGUCGGUUUCUUCUAUCCGGCAUGGCGAUCGAUAAAGGCUGUUCGCUCAUCAGUCAAAGAGGACGACACUCAAUGGCUAAUCUAUUGGAUCGUGUUUGCGACAUUUUCGAUCGUGGAUUUUUCCGCAUUCUCGUCAUUCCCCUUCUACUGGCUAUUCAAAAUCUCAUUUCUCAUGUACCUAUAUCUGCCGACGUUCAACGGUGCCACGGUGAUCUACAAGAAUUUCAUCGACCCGGCAUGUACCCUGGUCGAAUCCUAUUUUCGUCCGAAUGAGACGAAGAAGACAAAUUGA